AUGCAGGCGGAGGCAGAGGCCUUGUCCAUGCGUGCGAAGCACGACCUCCAGGAGGAUCCCAGGGGCGGCUUGCAUGGGCCACCCUCGUCUGCCAUUCAGAGCUUGUCCAACAGGUUCAUAGUAGCCUUCAGAUCCCAUGAGAGCAAGAGGAAGCCCACGACCACAGCAUAUCGGCAACAAGAUGAAGGCUUGGGGCUCUUGGCCUACCUUUCUGCAACAGCGCCCCUGGUGCCGUUGCCGCCGGCGGAGCCGAACCCACCAAGCUGGCCAAGUUCGGUCUACAUCUUCGGCCCUGAGGAUGCGGUGAAUGGUUCCGACUUGACUGCGAGGAUUGCAGCUCUCCUGUCGGAGCUCAAUAAUGUGACCACCGGCCACUACAGCUCCGAUCGCAAGGCGCUGCUCUUCAAGCCUGGAACAUACGAAACAGAUAUCGAAGUGGGCUACUAUGUCCAGGUUCUCGGCCUCGGCGAGCGGCCGGAGGACGUGCAGUUCACCAGCGCGUGGGGUGUCCACUCCAAGCCAAUGGGCGCCAUCCCGGAUCCAGGAUCGCUGGACAAUUUCUGGCGUAGCGCAGAGAAUUUCCACCAUGCCUCUCCCUGGGGCAUGCUCUGGGCCGUCUCACAAGCAUCGCCCAUCCGACGAAUUCGCGUCGACAAGAACCUUACUCUCUCCGUGCCGGGUGCCUGGGCCAGUGGAGGAUACAUGGCCGAUAUGCAGGUGGGCUGCCUGCAACUUGUGCAAUUUGACGUGGGCGGCUCGACCGUACUGGGCGGCCAGCAGCUUCUUUCAAUCCAUGCAGUCGUUCUGGUUAGCAAAGAGGUCCGAGUUAGAAAGCCAGACACCGUAGCGACAGGCAGCCCACGUGAGACCCUGCCGGCCGAGGGCUCGGAGACAGCAUUGACAAAUGUGCUCCCGAAUGUAGCUUUGACCCCAGUCAUCGCUGAAAAGCCUUACAUCACGAUCGCCACUUGCCUGCACAUUAGUCGCUCCGUCGGGCCAGCCGUGGAAGAAGCCACGACUGUUCCUUUUGAGCAGGUCUACGUAGCUCGGGCCGAAGACCUGACCUCGACGAUCCAGUCGAAGCUGACCUCUGGGCUUCACGUGGUGCUCUCCCCUGGAAUUUACAACCUCACCGCGACCCUGACCCUCACCUUCAAGAACCAGGUGUUACUGGGAAUAGGCAUGGCGACGCUGGUCGCUCCCAAAGACGGAAGUCCAUGCGUGCUCGUUGAAAACGCCGCGACGGGUGCCCGCGUGGCUGGGAUUGUGCUGCAGGCCAAUUUCGCCUUCGAUAAAGCCACGGGAUCGCCGCCGCCGUCCAGCCUGCUGGAGUGGGGCCGGUCUGGGGUCACAGCGGGCGAGGCGGAUCCGGCGAACCCAGGCGUUCUCUCCGAUGUCUUCGCCCGUGUUGGUGGGCCGGACACCGACCGCAAGAUAGGAACUUUGUAA